AUGCGGCGGCAGGGCUCGCGGCGGUGGCGCUGCGCGCCCGGGCCGAGAGGGAGGACCGGGCCCUGCGGGCGCGGUGCGCCUCCGCCGCCCCGGCGGCGGGGCCCCUCGACGAUGCGGAGGACGGAUGGCAGCGCCAGCCUCCGCGGGGUGCUGCGGCGCCUGCCCCUGCCGCCCGGCUGCGCCGUGCUGUGCCUCGACCGGGCCUCCGAGCAGCCGCGCGUCUUCGGCCAGCUGCGCGCGCCGGGCGGCGCAGCGACUUCGGGCUUCGGCGAGGGCGGGGAGUCCGACGGGCUGGCCGAGUGGGUCGCCACGGACGCGGUGGACCAGUGGGGCGCCCCCUGGCCCUUCGCCGCCGCUUGCGGCGUGGGGGCCUCGCUCGACUUCUGCGCGGGGCGCAGCUACGUGUGCGUGCUGCUGGUGGGCUUCGAGGGCGCGGAGCCGCCGCGGCGGGAGAGGGCGGCGCCCCGCGGGGCGGCGUUCCGGCCCCCCGCGGCGGGCCAGCACCGCUUCGGCGCCACCGUGCGCACGCUGCAG